UUUAAAACCAUUGUUACGAGUUCGCUCCUGGUUGGAUAGUUUGAGUACUUUUAGGGCAAACGUUUUCGGAGUGAGCUUUGUGAACUCUUUUAACAACCUGCCAGAGAGUUGUGACGGCACCGAGUGUGGGCUGUUUCAAGACCAAACUUGACUAACACUGGGGCUGGUUCAGAUACAAUCAGGAGCCAGUACUUAGCAACAGUGCGUAAUAGAGACGUGACCAACAGCACAAGCGGCUAACGAGCCGAUAAGUGGCUAAGAGGACAAAGGUUCCAGCAUUCAAAAAAUAAGUAAUUGCCUUAGGAUGCAUAGGAUUUUUUUGGCUCAGAAGAGAGUACCAAAGGUGAACUUGUCCAAUUUCAACACAGAGAUUGUGAACCCUUCAUGUGUACAGCAUUCCUCUGGCCAGUUGCCAGUUGUGUUCGGUCACAAAAUAUUUAAAAAUCAUUUUGUUACUGCAUCAAGCUUAAGUGGUAAAGAAUUCAACAGGAUCAGAAAAUCAAGCAAUAGAACUGAUUUUAAAAAUUUUAUUCAUCAAAAUAUCAUCAACACUGCUAAUGUAAAUACAUCUGAGGCUGAGAGUAAAACUGAGAAUGAAACUACGAGAAAGAAGGACUUCAAUUUUGAUGCACUUGGAGCCUGGGAUAACCGUAUUGACCUCCCGAUCAUGAUGGAGGCCAGCAUUAAACAUGGUACUCCUAUACCAAUGAUUGUUCCCGCUGAUGUUGGCUGUUCAAGCAUUCUUGGAAAACGCACAUACCAAGAAGACAGAUAUGUUAUAGUGGAACUUCCCAACAAUAUUUUGUGUUGUGCAGUUUUCGAUGGUCAUGGAGGGAAGGAGUGUUCAGAAUAUUGUGCACAAAAUCUUAAGGUGAGAGUUAUUCCUGUAAACAUCUUUAAAAGAGCAGAGGUUUUCUGGCCUGUAACUUUUGGCUGGCAGCCUAUGGUAAUAAAAGCUGCUAAUAGGGAAGUUAAUUUUCCUUAGGGAAGUCCCAGUUAUUUAGCCCAGGGUGCUGUAUUAACCCACAUGAAUGCAUGGAUCAUCCCCACCUCCUCAUCACACCCAUUGGCCCAUUAUGAUGAUACCAGGUUUAACAUUUGUCCUUUAGUAUGGUAGAAUCAGUCCCACUAAAUGAGUAACUGAUGAACAAGAAUUCGGUUUAACCCCCUUCUCUACUGGAUGUCACUUUUAAUAUUUUAUUUGGCUGAUGCCAGAUGAUUUUAUUCAGCCAAGUUGUUAAUUAGCUUAGUGUUUUAGGGUAUUUUAAUUCAAUUAACAAAUUUCUUUUUGCUUUAAUGAGCAAAGUUAUCAGUGAAUCAGCUCACAUUAUUAUUCAUGGAGGGAGGUUAAUCAUGUUUUGUCUUUAGUUAAGCAGCCAGCUGAGCUAGUGCAUUUGUAGACACAUUUUCUAUUCUAUACUGUACUCUGAGGUAAGGGGAAAAACCAGGCAAGUCUCCUUACACCUGCUGCCUCUGUUCACCUAGCAGUGAGAAAGAACCGGGCUGUUGUGGGUUACAUCCUGGUGAAUGGCCCAGUGCAGUACAGUAUCAUUAAAGAAGUGGGACCUAAAUUCCUACCUAGGUGUAUGACUGAAAUGUGGGUGUAAACCCAAAACAAGUGCCAAAGUCAAUGGCAGACUAACCCAGCCUGGCUAGCCAGUGACCCUAGGCAUCUUGGUGGAGUUUAUUUUCAAGGCACUGGCCAGUACAGUGUCACGUGCUGUCCACAGCACUCUUUUGUCACUCAGAAAGCAUUGCAGUUUCUAACCAGGUAUGCUGCCAUUGAAAUGUCUCAAAACAAAUGAAAAGUGAUGGUGAUGAAUGCAGUAGUGCAAAAGAAAACAUAAAAAGUGCUUAUUAAGGUCAUCUUGGCAGGAGUCGCCAAGGUACCUGUGCCUCCAAGAGGCUCAUAGCUGCACAUUCCUGCCAGCUGAUUUCACCCUCCACUUCUUCAUUCUACCUGUUUAUUUUUCAACUAUUCAACUCCAAGUUAAUUAGCAUGUAUGAAUA